AUGGCGAGCGGACCGGCGUCUCUCGGCGCUGCGCUGCUGCUGCUGACCUGCUGGCGCUUCUCGUCGACGCAGGAGCUGCCAACCAACGGGGUGAACGGCUACAGCCUCCACCCGCCCUACUUCAACCUGGCGGAGGGCACAAAGAUCACCGCCACGGCGACCUGCGGGGAGGAGGAGACCGGCAGGACGGUGCACGACCUGUACUGCAAGCUGGUCGGAGGCCCGGUGUCCGGAGACCCGAGCCAGACCAUCCAGGGCCAGUACUGUGACAUCUGCAGCCAGGGCGACAGUGAUCGCGCCCAUCCCAUCACCAACGCCAUCGACGGGACAGAGCGAUGGUGGCAGAGUCCGCCUCUGUCCCGCAGCACUGAGUACAACGAGGUCAACGUCACCUUGGACCUUGGACAGCUCUUCCAUGUGGCCUAUGUGUUGAUUAAAUUUGCCAACUCUCCCCGUCCAGACCUGUGGGUUCUGGAGAGAUCCAUCGACUUUGGACUGACUUACCAACCAUGGCAGUACUUUGCUUCGUCUAAGAGAGACUGCAUUGAGCGUUUUGGACAGAGCACCAUCGAGAGAAUCAACCACGACAAUGAUGUCAUCUGCACCACUGAAUAUUCUCGUAUAGUGCCGCUGGAAAACGGAGAGAUUGUGGUGUCUUUGGUGAACGGUCGCCCCGGAGCGAUGAACUUCUCCUACUCUCCGGUGCUGAGGGAGUUCACUAAAGCCACCAACAUUAGGCUCCGCUUCCUGAGAACAAACACGCUGCUGGGACACCUGAUGGGCAAAGCUCUCCGUGAUCCCACCGUCACCCGCAGGUACUACUACAGCAUCAAAGACAUCAGCAUUGGAGGACGCUGUGUGUGUAACGGACACGCUGAGGCCUGCAACGCCAAGGACCCCAACGACCCCUACAAGUUACAGUGCGACUGUCAGCACAACACCUGUGGCGUGUCUUGUGACCAGUGCUGCCCCGGAUACAACCAGUUGCCGUGGAAACCGGCCACGACCUACAGUGCCAAUGAGUGUGAACCGUGUAACUGUCACCGGCACUCUUUUGACUGUUACUAUGACCCUGAGGUUGAUCAGAAGCGAGGCAGCCUCGACAUCCACGGACACCACAGAGGAGGAGGCGUCUGCCUCAACUGUCAGCAUCACACUACCGGAGUCAACUGUGAGCGCUGCAUCCCCACAUACUACAGGUCACCUGACCAUCCCAUCGACUCCCCGCUGGCCUGCUCGCCCUGUGACUGUCAGUCAGAAUUUACAGAUGGAACCUGUGAGGAUAUAACCGGCCGUUGUCUCUGCAAACCAAACUACACCGGAGAGAAUUGUGACUCCUGUGCCAGUGGCUUCAUCAACUUCCCCGAGUGUUACCCCAUCCCCACGUAUCCCACCAACAGCAACAACGGUGAGGCCAAACCAGCUGGAGAGAUCAUCAACUGUGAGUGCAGUGCAGCAGGUACAGUGGACAACUCGUGCAGGCCGGACCCUCGGACUCGAACCUGUAUCUGUAAACCAGGUUUUACUGGUGACCACUGUGACACCUGCGCUCCAGGCUUCUAUGGACUCAACUGUCAGGCCUGCCAGUGUUCAGGUCCGGGAUGUCUGGACGGGUCAUGUGACCUGGUGACCGGCCAUAGCGUGUGUCGGAGCGGUUUCCAGGGUUACCAGUGUGACCAGUGCGCCCCAGGUUACUUCAACUACCCGCUCUGCCAACUGUGUGGCUGCAGCACAGUCGGCUCUCUGCCCGAAGGCUGCGAUGCUUCUGGCCGAUGUCUGUGUAAACCAGAGUUUCAAGGUCCUCGAUGUGAACAGUGCAGAUCUGGGUUCCACUCCUACCCCAACUGUCAAGUGUGCACCUGUGAUCCUCGCACCUCAGUGGACACCAGCUGCUCUGCGUCCGGUCACUGCAACUGCCGGCCCAAUUACAGCGGGCCGUCAUGUGAUCAGUGUGCUCCUGGUUACUAUGGCUACCCAAGCUGCACACCCUGCCAGUGCUCCCCAGAAGGAUCCCGCUACAGCAGCUGUGACCAGGUGACGGGACAGUGUGGCUGUCUGCCCAGUGUGGUGGGACUGAGGUGUGACAGCUGUGCACACGGCUCCUACGGCUUCCCCAACUGCCAAGCUGGUACCUGUCACCCUGCUGGCUCUGUUCAGUACGCAGUGCAGCGACCCGUGGGCCAAUGUGAGUGCCGUCAUUAUGUGGAGGGCCCAGCUUGUGACAAAUGUAAACCUCUGCACUGGAACCUUUCCCCUGACACCCCCGAUGGAUGUUCCAACUGUGAGUGUAACAUCGCUGGGACUGUGAGCGGCGUUGCAGAAUGUGCACAGGAAUCUGGUCAGUGUCACUGUAAGCCCAACGCCUGUAGCGGAACCUGCUCCACCUGCAAAGACGGCUUCUAUAACCUGCAGGAAAACAACUACUUCGGCUGCCAGGGCUGCCAGUGUGACAUUGGAGGCUCAGCAGGUCAGUCCUGUGGAGACAGGAACGGCCGGUGUCGCUGCAGACCCAACGUGGAGGGACCCAAGUGUAACCUACCUCGUGCAGAUCAUUUCUUCCCAGACCUCCACCAUCUGAAGUUUGAGAUUGAGGAGGGAACCAUGCUGGAUGGCCGGCCGGUGCGAUUCGGCUACAACCUCCUGGAGUUCCCGGACUUCAGCUGGAGAGGUUACGCCCAGAUGUCCCCUAUUCAGACUGCAGUGAAGCUUCAGGUUUAUGUGAGCGAGGCAGACGUCUAUCUGACUCGCUUCAUCCUCAGAUAUGUAAACUCUGAGGGUGAUACCUCCAACGGUAAAAUUACAGCCUAUCAGGUCAACCGCAGAGGUUCAGAGCAGUCCAAACAGAUCGUCUUUGCCCCCAGUGUGGAGCCGACCUUCGUCAACGUUCCCCAGAACAACUUUGUGGAGCCUUUCGUGCUGAACCCAGGAACCUGGACUGUCGUUAUAGAGGCUGAAGGAAUCCUGCUAGAUUACCUCGUUCUGCUGCCCAGUGCUUACUAUGAAGCGCCCAUCCUGCAGAUCAAAGUCACUGAGCCAUGCACCUACAGCUCUGUCCCUGAGGCCAGCCACAACUGUCUGCUGUACAAGUAUCUGUCUCUGGACUCCUUCCCCUCCAUUUCGGGCAAUGACGCCAGCUGCCGCAAUGACAACCACCUGCCGCGGCCCUGCCCAACUGAGAAGGUCACCCCACGCCAUCCGGACAUGGCUGUCUGCAGCGGCUACGAUAUCAACGUGGAGCUGCGAUUGCGUCUGUCAUCUCCGGGUGACUACGCUCUGGUGGUCGAGUACUCCAGCGAAGAAGAACUGCCGCAAACUCUGUCAGUCGCUGUCAACAUGCCGGGUGCACGGACACACCAGCACCGUGUCACCCUGCUGCAUUGUAAAUACAGCUUCCUGUGUCGGGCCGUGGCCAUCGACGACCAGAACAGAGUGGCGGUCUUCUCCCUCCCCACCAACGCGGAGGUCCAGCUCAUCUCUGACCAAGCCAGCUUCUUCCUGUACAAAGUGUACCUGGUGCCUAAAGACCAGUUUACCAUGGAGUACGCUGAACCUAAAGUCCACUGCAUCAGCACUCACGGACAGUUCUCACCUGACAGUUCCUCCUGCGUCGCCUCACGCUUUCAGACCCCCUCAGACUCUCUGGUCUUGAAGGACGGCCAGAGCUCCUCCAUGCAGGAGGAGCCCAUCCUGGCCUCCCCUGUAGCAGCUCCUCCUCCGCCCUUCUACCAGAGGGAUGAGCCAGCCUGGACCGGAGGAGACAAACCUCCAUUCGGGGCAGAUAACAGCCAACGGCUGGACUCUCUGCAGAAUGCAGCAACAUACUCGUCCCGUGUCCAUACCCUUGGGCGUUACGUCUUCAUCCUCCACUAUCACCAGCCUCUUCACCCCAGCUAUGCUGUGCAGGUCUACAUUAACGGGGGCCGAAUCUGGCAAGGCCAAGCCAACGCAUCCUUCUGUCCCCACGCUUAUGGCUGCCGUAACGUCCUGGUGUCUGAGAAUCAGAUCAUUCUGGAUGUGACCGACCACGAGGUCUUCCUCACAGUGCAGAUACCUGCUGGCAAGACUCUGUGGCUGGACUAUGUGCUUGUCGUCCCUGAGGCGAGCUACAGCUCCAGCUACCUGAACGAAGAGCCUCUGGACAAAUCAUACGACUUCAUCAGCAACUGCGGCCAAAACAGCUUCUUCAUCAAUCCAUCGUCUGCCUCUCCGUUCUGCCUCGGCUCAGCGGUGUCUCUGUCUGCCUUCUUCAACCACGGUGCGAUGCCCUGCGCCUGCCACGAGGUCGGAGCUGAGAGCGACACCUGCGAGCAGUUCGGCGGCCAGUGUCACUGCAGAUCAAACGUGAUUGGACGAGACUGCUCCAUGUGCGCCACGGGAUACUGGGGAUUCCCCAACUGCAGACCCUGUAACUGUGGUACGAGGUUAUGCGAGCCGGUGACUGGUGACUGCAUCUGCCCUCCAAGGACGAUGCGCCCAGACUGCACCCAGUGCGAGCCGCAGACGUUCGGCUGCCAUCCAGUGGUCGGGUGCGAGGUCUGCAACUGCUCUCGGCCUGGUGUCGUCUCCCCCGACGUCAGCUGCGACACACUCAGCGGACAGUGCAGAUGUAAGAACAACAUCGUCGGCCGUCAGUGUGACCGCUGCGCCCCUGGUUUCUAUGGUUACCCCAACUGCAGGCCAUGUGACUGCAAUGAGGCGGGAACAGAGGAGGAAGUGUGUGACUCCUUCACGGGACAGUGUCUCUGCAAGGAGAACGUCCAAGGUUCUCGAUGUGACCAAUGCAGAGUGGGUACGUUCCACUUGGAUCCAACAAACCCGAAAGGCUGCACCAGCUGCUUCUGCUUCGGCGCCACUGACCGCUGUCGCAGCUCUGACAAAAGACGCACAGAGAUCAUGAACAUGGAGGGCUGGGUGCUGCUUGGAGCAGACAGACAGGAAGUCCCAGUGACUGUGUAUCCUGGUCAGGAUCUUGUGGAGGCCGACCUCAGCGACGUGCCCGAUGUUUACCAGGACCUCCAUUGGCAUGCAACGAAGACUUACCUGGGAGACAAGGUGUCAUCCUACGGAGGUUAUCUGAGGUAUCGUCUCCACACUCAGACCAUGAGAGGCGACGUGUUGUCUCUGCCUGCAGAAGCCUCCAGGCCCGACAUCAUUCUCAAGGGUAACCAGAUGACACUGGUGUUCAUGGAGAGAGAAUACUCGUCACCCGAAGAGCCUCACCUGGGGAUAGUUCACAUAGUUGAGGGAAGUUUCCGUCACGCUCAGACCGGUAACUCUGUCUCUCGGGAGGAGCUGAUGAUGGUUCUGGUCAGUCUGGAGUCCCUGCAGAUCCGAGCCCUCCACUCUCAGUCUGCCCACUCAGUGUCCCUCCGCGGCGCUGUGCUGGAGGGAGCCGAGAGUCUGCCCACCGGACGCCAUGCCAACAACGUGGAGAUCUGCAUGUGUCCCGCCAACUACCUCGGAGAUUCCUGUCAGAAAUGUGCUCCGGGUUACUACAGAGACACUAUCGGCCUGUUUCUGGGGAAAUGCGUUCCCUGUAACUGUAACGGACACUCUGACCACUGUCUGGAUGGAUCAGGAGUCUGUGUGAACUGCCAGCAUAACACCGCCGGCGACCACUGUGAGAGGUGCCAGGGUGGUUUCCUGGGUAACAACAGUCUUGAUGGACAGGCCGUGUCAUGCUCCAGUUGUCCCUGCCCACUGAGGGCCCCAUCCAACAAUUUUGCAGAGGGUUGUGUGCAGAAAAGUGACAGGAUGCAGUGUUUGUGUAUGCCGGGUUAUGCUGGACCAAACUGUGAAAGGUGUGCCCCUGGGUUCUACGGCAACCCGAUGGUUCUUGGCAGUAGGUGCCAGCCAUGCCAUUGCCACGGCAACACGGACCCCAACAUGCUGUUCACUGACUGUCACCCGCUGACCGGAGAAUGUCUCAGCUGCAUGCACAACACAGCCGGACCUCACUGUGACGUCUGCGCUCCUGGUUACUACGGAGACGCCAUUGGUGCCAAAAACUGCACCAAAUGCAGCUGUUCUCCCUGUGGAACUGAGUCAUGUGACCCUCACACUGGACAGUGUCAAUGUAAAUCAGGAGUCACUGGAGCGCGCUGCGACCGCUGUGAGGAUGGGUCCUUUGGCUUUGACUCGUGUUCUGGCUGUCGUCAGUGUGACUGUGAUGCCUCGGCAGCUCUCGUCCAGCCGUGCGAUCCUCAGAGUGGACAGUGCGCCUGCCAGCCUGGAGUCAACGGGCCAAACUGUAGACAGUGUGCUCCUGGUCACUGGGACUAUGGACCCAACGGAUGCAGGAAGUGCGACUGCAGAGGAGGUCGCUGCGACCCCCGGACCGGAGAGUGCCGCUGUCCUGACGGGAUGACGGGAAAACAGUGUGACACCUGUUCACAAAGAUACAGUGUCCCUAUAGAGAAGCACCAGGGCAUGCACUGUGAAGUGUGUGACAGCUGCGUCGUCGUGCUGUUGGAGGAUCUGGACAAAAUGAACGAAAAUUUCCGCUCAGUAGCCGAUCAGCUGGGCAGCCUCAACGCCAGCUCUAUGGCUUGGGCGCAGCUGCACAAUCUCAACAAGUCUGUGGAGGACAUGGCUCGUGCCAUAGAGAACUACAACAGCACUCUGGAUGAGAGCAGGAAUCGGGCCGACAUGCUGGAUGCUGAGAUCAUGAAUAUCGACGACGACAUUGAUGAGCUGCAGAACAAGGUGGCAGCGAUGACUGACAGGGUUGGUGACCUGCAUAACAGUACCACGAACACACACCAGAGGGCAGAAGAUCUGCUAUCUUUUCUCAACAACAUGACAAAGGAUAUAAAUGACAUCAUGCUGAUGGCAAACCGCUCUGUACUGAAUGACACUGAGGCGGAACAGGACGAUGACGAGAGGGAUACGAAGCUGAGGGAGGUGCAGGCCAUGCUGAGGGAGAUGAGGUACAGGAGCUGUGUGGGACAAAAGAAAAUAGCCGACAAAGAGAAGACAGAGGCAGAAAAAUUGUUGGAUCGCGUGAACAAGCAGUUGGCAGGUCGUCAAGGAGAGAACAAUGACUUGGCAAAAACCAUCAGAGAUCGUCUGUCCCGUUUCCACUCUCAAAUGAUGGACCUUCGAGACGCUCUUAACGAAGCUGUGAACAACACUGCCAGAGCUGCAGAGAUCAACAAUGUCAAUGAGAAAACCCUGGAGGACAAUAAUAGGAGAAUACAAGACUUGCUGGCGAAGCAGAAGGAGGUGAACGACCAGCUGAGCAUGGCUGAAGAUGAUGUCGCUCAAGUCAACGACGUGCUCUCCAUGCUGCAAGACUCCAAGGAGGAGUAUGAGCGUUUGGCAGCCCAGCUGGAUGGCGCCAGGACACCUUUGGCACAGAAAGUGCAGAAUUUUGCUUGGGCUGACUCCAAAAUCCCCCUGGUGGAGCAGGCAGAGAAGCAUGCUGAGAUGCUGAAUGCUUUAGCCAUGAACUUGUCCAGUUUGAUUGCAGAAACCAAGAGUGAAGGAUUAGUAGAUGUAACACAAGCCUACAAUAAGAUUAUCAACAGCAUCAAGGAGGCAGAAGAGGCUGCCAAGAUGGCUGACAAGGCUGCCAAUGACACUGUGGAGAACAUAAAAGACCAGGACCUUGGUCACAUUGCUAAUUCUCUGAAGAACCACAGUUUAGAGCUGAAAGAUGAAGUCGAAAAGCUUGAUGAUGAGCUGAACAACGACCUGAAGCCAAGUGUGGAAGAUGCUAAGAAACGACUGGAUGACGCCAAAACCAAACAGGUUCAAGUGAUGAAGGAUCUGGAAGCAAUUCAGAAUAACCUCAACUCCACCACAAAUGUGACUCAGGAGAUUGAUGAAGCAAAGCGGGUGGCGGAUCUGGCGAAUACCACGGCCACCCAAGUCAACGACGCCUUACGUCCAAUUAAAGAGCAGCUGGACCAAUGGCAGCAGGCGUACAGAGACGCCAAUGCCACCAACGAAGACAUCAACAACGCCCUGAUGGAUGCCAACAACACGGUACACAAGCUGGGUGAAGCUAUUCCUACGCUCAUGAAGAAACUGGAUGAACUGCAGAAUCACUCCGCCCAGAUGCCAAACAUCUCUGAGAACAUCAACCGCAUCCGACAGCUCAUACAGCAGGCGCGCAACGCUGCCAGCAAGGUAAGCGUGCCGGUGAAGUUUAACGGAUCGUCCAGUGUUCAGGUUCGUACUCCAUCUAACCUGGCCGACCUGGCUGCCUACACAUCCCUGAAGUUCUACAUCACCCUGCCGGACACAACGCGGGCCAGACGGCAGGACGAUGCCACCAAACAGUUUGUCUUCUACCUCGGCAACAAAGACUCCAAUAAAGAGUUCCUGGGCAUGGCGCUGGAGGGGAAAAGACUACGUUGGUACUUUAACGUUGGAGGAGAGACUGCUCAGGUGAUGAUGGAAGAAGAUGUCAAGGCUGAUGGAAAAUUCAAUAGUCUAGUACUGGAGAGGAUCCUCCAGUAUGGUCAGAUGUCCAUGUCUUCAGAAGCCACAGAUGGAGAACGAGUGACCAAAGCUAAUGUGGAGGCUAAAGGAGAUCAGGGGCUGCUCAACCUCUUAACCAACGACACCGUCUUCUACGUGGGAGGAUACCCAAGCACUUUCACACCACCCUCUGCACUCAAACUGGCUAACUUUAAGGGCUGCAUCGAGCUAGACACGCUGAACGAGGAGGUCCUCAGUCUGUAUAACUUUGAGAACAUCUUCCAACUCAAUACCACAGAUGAGAAACCCUGUGGCAGGUCCAAACCAGUGCUGACUUCAGCCUGGGUGAAUGACGCGGCUUAUUUUGACGGUACUGGUUUCGCUGAGAUCACCAUUUCGGAUGAUCGGAGUCAAGUACAGCGCUUUGAACAAGAAGUGAAACUGCUCUCACACAAUGGAAUCCUGCUGCUGCUGCACAGUGAGCAGAAUAAGUUCCUGUGCCUGGCAGUGCUUCAGGGCAGACUCAAGGUUUUCUAUGACUUCAGUGAUUCUCUGGUGGAGCUCGAUGCCAAAGUGACGUCGCCAGAGGAACUGAAGGUCACUGAUGCUGAAGCCAAAACUCUUGAGGUUAUCGUCAUACGUUCAGCCACGAGCCGUAUCGUGGUGAGGAAAAACCGCGUCACCCUCUACACGCACCCGUUCUCAGACAGCAUCCCUUCAUUCAGCAGCAGCUACUAUUUGGGUGGAGUACCAGAGCAAAAGAUGCCCGAGAAGUUGAAGACUAUGUUUUCUAAGCAGGGCUCUGUGAAGGGCUGUUUCAGGAAUGUCAAGGCUCUGAACUCCCAUGUCGACUUGAAGAGGAUGACGAGCUCUGGAGUCAGUUUCGGCUGUGACAGUGACCUGUUGGUGGCUCGUGAAGCUCAUUUCACCGGUCAGAGCUACCUGGACCUCGGGGCUCUGACAAACAUCCCCAGCCUCAGGAGCAACUUCUCCGCCAGCUUCAGCUUCAGAACCGAUAAGACGGAUGGACUCAUGUUCUACCACCGCGACAAAGAGGGUGAGUGUAAGGUGUUGUUGCUUGACGGCCACGUCGUGGUGAGAGCCGGCAACAGUGAGAUUAAGACGCAGAAGACGUACAACGACGACAACAGUCACUACAUCACUAUCUACAACAACAUCAACGGGCUGCGUCUGUACAUGGAUGAUGUGCUGGAGAAAGCCAGGCAGGGAACCCCAAGGGGGCGCCAAGUGACAUCGUCACAGCCGAUAACCUUUCUGGGAGGAACGCCAGACCAAGGCCUCACCAACCUCACCGGAUGUAUCAGUAAUGUUUUCAUCAAGAGGGAAACAAGUCCUCAGAUGGUUUUGAACCUGCUGAAGGCUCGAGAAAACGUGAACGUUCCGUUGGACUGUCCAGCUGCUAAAAAACCUCAGCAGAUCAUUGCUCCCCAGCUGAAACACAACAAACCAAAGGGAAAGCACAAGAAGCCAUCAGGAUCUCGCAGUCGUAACACCAGGGAGUCCUGUCAGGGCGAACUGUCUGACCACGAGAGCGGAGCAACACACUUCAGCGGCUCCACACACAGCUACCAGAUGUACAACUCUCUGCCCAGCUCACUCAGCCCAAUGCCGCACAUCUCCAUAGCGGUGAGGAUCAACUCCUCUGAUGGUUUACUGCUGUACGCAGUCGACGGACAGCGUGGUGAAGCCGCAAUGUCGCUCAGCGUCUCACAAGGCCACCUGCUGCUUCUGUUGGACGGAGGGAAGAGGAAGGCCAGCCUGCGUAGCCACAAGAAGUACAACGACGACCAGUGGCACACGGUCUUUAUAAAGCGUGAACGGGAGAAGAUCAGUCUGAUAGUGGACGGUAUCAACCCUAAGUCUAAGAGAAUGCCUGGAGGAGACAGGACUCGUCUCACUGGGCCUUUAUACGUUGGAGGAGUCCCACCCUCACUGGCGGCCCCGGGUGCUGGUGGUUUCAUUGGUUGUGUCAGGGAACUGACGCUGAACGAAGCCCCUGCAGGAAGCCCUGCUCAUAGCCAGGGGACGGUGCCCUGUUUCCAAAACCCUCUACAGCCUGGAGUGUACUUCUCCGCACAGGGAGGACGCAUCGCAAUAGAUGAGUCCUUGGUUCUUGGACGGGAUCUAGAGAUCCAGUUGGAUGUUCGGCCAGUCUCGGACUCUGGGCUGCUGUUGCAUGCUGGGACCUCACAUGACCUACAUCUGAGCUUGGUUCUCAGCCAGGGAGAGGUGACUGUUUCGAUAAACACUGGCAAAGGUGAAUACUCUACCUCGUUCACUCCUGAGGAUCCUCUGUGUAAUGGACGCUGGCACACAAUCACUGUGGUGAAGAAAAACAACAUUCUGCAGCUCAAUGUGGAUGGAGCCAGUGAGCACAGCGUCGGCCCCAAACACAGCCGCUCUGCAGGAGCCAAAGUGACCGUUUACCUCGGAGGCGUGCCCGGUGGCGUCACAGCGCCCGGUCUACCUGCCGGCCUGCCGGUCUUCCACGGCUGCAUCCGCCGAGCAACUAUUAACCACAGGCCUGCCAUGUUGUCCAAACCGCUCGCAGUGCACGGAGCUGUGGGAACGCAGGGCUGCCCUCAAAUGUAGACCCAACAGUCUUAUCCUCACAUUCCCCAACUACAAAAUACUGGUGGUGGGUGUCAUGUUACUGUAGCUAAUUUAAAAUAUCUAUAUUAAUAUUUAUUUUCUAUUUUCAGAAAAAUGUAUAUUUUAUAUUUUCCCAUUUGUCGAGACAUUACUCUUUUUUUUUUGUGCUACAGGGUGCUACUGCAGUAACAAGUCUGCACAGAGAUGCACUGAUACAAGGUGUUAAAAUAAAUAUCUUAAAUCAGUUAUAAAAUGUGUAGUAUAUUGUAAAUAAUGGUGACACAACUUGAUUUUAUUAGCAUUUUGGGUUUUUUUUUUUUUAACGACUGAAAAAAGUAAUCUGCAACAACUACAGCUGUGUAUCGUGCAUCUCUAAGCAGAGAAUGUUGAGUAUACCUACUGAGUCGGUACACUGUGAACACUGUGAUACGUGAAUGAGCAACGUCCUCAGGCAGCGCAGAUGGGUAAUGAUGCCUGCGACAGGGACUGGGACUGAACUUCUGGGAAUAUCAGAGUUAAUUAAGUCUCAACCACUAAAGAGCUGAGUUUUUCUGUGAAAAUGCAGAGUAAAAAGGAAUGAGAGCUCAAAACAUAGGCUGUUCCCAACAUUAUUUAGACUUCUAUAUAUACAUAUAUACUUUGAUUUCAGUGUUUAAAUUUCAGAGUUAAAAAACUGUUUCUUUUUAGGCUUCGUCACGCAUUAUUUCUGAAAGUGGAUUUGUGGUUGUUCUGGCACAUUCUAGAUGCUAGAAUCAGAUAAAAAAAAAAAAAAAAUUAUUUUUUUUUAAUUUCUCACACCGUUUAUCAAAAUAGGUGAUUAAUUUAGCAGUUGUGAACUAAUCAGUUAACUGUUUCAGAUCUAGUGUAAGUUGAAUGCUGAUUGGCUUAAAACUAAAAAGGGUGAAAGGUCUUUUCAGUAUGAUGAACAAUGCACCUGUUUAAAAGCACUGCUCGGGAUGCCGGUAUUCUGACAUCCAGCCAUGAGCCGUUACUUUUAUCACUUUGGUUUCACUCCCCUACGGCUCGUCUCUUUUCUGCCACAGGGGUAAAACAGACUAUUUAUAAAGAUGGAUGAACCCUCCAGAACGAAACAACUCUGCAACCUGAAUGCCACAUGACUGUCCCAUCUGUCUUCUGUCUGUGUCACAGGCAGCGUUUCCCAUCUCUAUCCCGUUAUAUAUGUAAACAUGUACCAAACAAAGUGUGUGAAGCUUGUAUUUAAUAUAACCACAAAUAUCUCACAGAGAGAAUAAGCUGUCCAACCCCCUCACUCCCAGCCCUCUUGUGUUGUAAAUGUAUGUUUGAAUAAAGUUUCUUUUUCAUAUCAA